CCUAUGGCGGCCGGGACCAGCCGGUCACAUGAGCACUCUUACUUUCCAAACGUCAUUUGAUGUGGGUUUCAGUGCAGGCGGGAGAUCUAUUUUAUUUUCGAAAAUAACAAUAGCAACGUUGUAGGCCUACAACUGAAAACCUUUUGAUUACGUCCAUCGUCCAAACUGGAAUGUUGGCUAUUUUCGUCUCGAUUGCUUUUGCGCGUCUAUCGUCUGAACGAAGCAUUAGACCCUGGGCCUGGAUUGAAAUAAAACUGAAUUGAAGAGGUGAACUACAGUUGCGAUCGGCGCCAAUGGAUCCGCUGGCCUUUCUUACAGAUAAGCAGUUACUGCAGUUUUUACGCUGUAGUAGGACAGAGAUGUCGUGCAUGCUGCAACCACACACUUUUCUUAACCAGCUCCGUGACCACCUCCUCAUUCCGGAGAACAUGUACAAGAAGCUGAUUUUGAUUCGGAGUAAGGAGCUGAGGGAGAAGGGUGUGUACCAGGUGUUGGACUGGGUGGAGGCAAAGAGGCCCGACAGCAUCAAGGUGUUCUGGAACUGUGUGUUCAGGGAUCACCUCCUGCAGCAGUACCCCACGUUACGCCUGCUACGAAACCGCCUGCUGGACGGGUCAUUCACAUUCUAUGAGAAACUGCCAGAGAAGGUGGAGAAGGAAGAGGAGGAGGAUACGAAGAAGAAGGCCUCAGCGGAAGGAGAAGAGGAGGCGGAGGAGAAGACGGGAAGGAAAAAGAGGAAACCGAAAAAGAGAAGUGCGAGUGCGGAGGAGGAGCAGCCCAGCACAUCCACCCAGUCCACCCCCAGUCAGAAGAGGAAAGUCCAGAGGCUCAAAUACUGUUCUCCUUUCAGGAAGGGGGAGAAAGCAGACAUCUGGACCUGGCCCAUCUACAAGAGCCAGCUCCCAGUCACCUGUGGGGACAAAGAAGGCAUGCUCAACAGGGACAAGCUGGCCAAAGGGGAGAGGUGCAUUGUGGUCCAGGGUCGCUGGUUCACCCCAAGUGGCUUUGAGGAGUUUGGGGGGAAGAAGAGCCAUAAGAACUGGAAGUACAGUAUCCGCUGUAGAGACACCACUCUGAGAGAACUGAUCCAGGAAGGCCAUUUAACUUCACCAGACUUUAAAAGAAGAAAGAGUGCACAGGCCACCAAGAGAGCACUGUUUCCCUCCAACCAAUCAGCGGGCUCAAUCACAGAAUCUGAGGAGGAUGAUGGUGAGGAGGAAGAGGAGGAAGAAGAAGAAAGGCAGAAAAGAGAGGAAGGAGAGAGAGGAGAGCAGGCAAAUACUGCUGGAGGAGAGAGCAGUACAGGAGUCAGCCAUGGUGUUGUGAAAAAGUGUGUCUUCAAAGUCACCUGUGGAGCCAUCAAUGGAAUGCUACAUAAGGAUCGGUUUGCAUCAGGGUCGUGUGGAAAGAGCAUCCGUACCGAGCUGUGCUGGAUGACCCCGGUGAAGUUUGUGACGGAGGGGUCAGCUCUGGAAGAUCCCUCCUGGAAGAAAGACAUCCAGUGUGACGGGAAACCACUCAGCGUCCUCAUCGAGAGUAAGUUCUUGCACAUCCACUCUCUCCUGUGUAAGUGCAAGCUGUGCUGCUCCACGGUCAAAGACCGGCAUGAUGAAGACAACGAUGACGACUGCUUCAUCUGUAGAAGCCAGGGCAGCGUGAUAUGCUGUGAUAAGUGUCCUCGCUCCUUCCAUCAAAGAUGUCAUCUUCCUAAUGUGGAUGAUGCUAUCCUGGGGGAUAAUCGUACGUGGAUGUGUACAUUCUGUGUUCUGGGGGCCAGUCAGUUGUGGCGCUACCCCAAACAAAUUACCUACCAGGAAGCCUUGACCUGCCGAAUCUCUGACCACCUACUGGAAUGCCAGUACCUCCUGCUGUGUCUGUACAAAGCGGACGAGGACAACAUCUUUGUGACAGAUCCUUGCAUCAAUGUGAGAAACUACACCAGUGUGAUAAAGACUCCGGUGUGGCUGGACAGGGUUGUGGAGAAGCUGCAGCAGAAUCUCUACAAAACAGUGCAAUACUUUGUGUCUGACGUGUUGCUUAUCUUCACCAACUGUGCCACAUUUAACAGGGAUAAUGCAGAGUUCCGUGAAAUGGGCGAAAGAUUGAAGGAUCUAUUUGAGAGAGAGUUCAAGAGUACAUUCAGCAUCCAACUUCAGCAUCCAGCUGCAUCCAACAGCCAGUAGAGCCUUCAUCAAGUCUGUACUGUUAUCUCACUAUGAGACAACGGGGAAUAUUCACCAUGCCCUGGUCUUUCUAUACAGCCUUCAUACAGACUUGUACACCAAGUUGUACAGAUCUUAUUUUCCAUGCAUGUACAUUAUUUUCCAUCUAGUCCUUUCAUUAAUUUCUUUCAUUCGUUCUACCAGUUAAAAAUGGCCGUGUGAUAAUAAUUGAAAUAGAAGAAUGGUGAUAACAUUGCAUUUCAUACAGCAAAUGUUGCUUUGCUAACUUUCCAGGCCUCUUACUUCUGGUUAAGCCAUACUAGAUUUAUGUCCAGGGAUUCUGUCAAAAAUAAACUAAUGAAUUUACAAAA